CCGCCCCCUUCCUGCUGACCGCCGGCACGCGACUAGCCGUGUUUCCACCUGCGGUGUCGGACGGACACACAAACCUCAACCCGGUUCCGACCCGGAUCCCCGUCGUCCAGCCCGAGGUCUCCACUGGUCCACCCUCUGUCCCCCAGAGGGAGUCUCCGCCUGUCCUCCGUCCCCCAGAGGGAGUCUCCGCCUGUCCUCCGUCCCCCAGAGGGAGUCUCCGCCUGUCCUCUGUCCCCCAGAGGGAGUCUCCGCCUGUCCUCCGUCCCCCAGAGGGAGUCUCCGCCUGUCCUCUGUCCGUGGACUUGGUCUGUCUGUGUGUCAUGGAUGACACCGACGUAGAACAGGUGACCCUGGCUUUACUAGAUGCUGCCAACGAUAAAGACUGUGAGGUCCAGGAGCAGGUCUGUAAGUCCAUGUUGACUCUGGGGAAACGGCAGCCGGAGCGAGUGUUGGCCAUGUGUCAGGAGUACCUGCUGAAGCACCCCAAGCUGGUUGUGGGUCACAGGGUUGUGGUUCUUCAGACCAUGGAGCUGAUUGUUGGCUGCAGGAUCGAGGAUGUCGGUUCUGAACGGAUCAAGAGCAUCAUCUGUUUGGCGUCUGAUGAGAUGACAAGAUCUAAGGACAUCGUCCCUGAUUGGCAGCAGGCGUCCAGUAACAUCCUGGUUGCCGUGGGAAACAAACACAUCAACGACAUCAUGGAGGAGAUACUGAGCAAGUUUCAGCCUGGUGUCCUACCGCACUUCUACGUAGUCCAGACCCUGGCCCAGCUGUCUGAUUAUGGAAUGGUUCCAUUCCUGAAUGCCAUCCUUGGAACCAUGCUGCCCAUGCUGAAUAUGGCCAAACACGACAACAUGAAGUGUUUCUCCUCAGCUCUGGCUCAUUUCAGUGACAGUAUCCUGGAAUACCUGGCCAAUCUGGACAAAGCUCCGGAUCCGACUGUCAGGAAGGACACGUUCGCCAGUGAAAUGUCCGCUAGCGUUUGAACGUCCGUGUCAACCACUGGUUCCAGAGCAGAGGACUCAAAGCUGCGUCUGAUGGUGGCGGAGGCGCUGGGGUCCAUGUGUCACCUGAUGGGCAGCGAGAAACUGGAAGAGCAGAUCCAAAGACUGAUACCAGCCAUCCUGUCCCUGUACAAGAAACACAGCAAUGAGUACUACAUCAUUAGUAAGAGUCUGUGCCAGGUGUUGGACGCCUCUGUGUCCAUGAGCAGCCGAGUGUUGGAGACGCAGGUGGACGGACUCAUGUUCGCUCUGCAUCAACAGGUGUCUGCUCCUGUGGAUUACAACAACCCCCCCACUGUGAAGAACCACAACGAGGUCCUGCGCUGCUUCAGUUUGCUGGCCAACGCGUUCCCGGACCGACUGGUCAUGUUCGUCCUCCAGAAGUUGGAGAACAGUAAUGAACGGAGCAGAGUUGGUUCUUUGGCUGUUCUCCGACAUCUCAUCAACUCCACAGAUUCACUGAUGGACAGUAAGAAGCUGCUGAUUCUGGCCAGUAUCAGACAACCCAUGGCCGACCACAGCAACAAGGUGAAGAAGCGUGUGAUCCAGGUGAUCAGUGCGAUGGCUCAUCAUGGUUAUCUGGAGCUGGAGGGAGGAGAGUUACUGGUUCGCUUCAUUGUUCAACACUGCGCCUUACACAACACACUUCAGCGUGGUCCAAGGUCCACAGAUCCAGAGGAAGUGACCAAUGAGGCUCUGAGAACGAUGUGUGACAACAGCCUCCACCUGCUGACCACCACCGUUGGACAACUGGCCCCCGUGCUUUGGCCAAAGUUGUUGUAUUAUCUGACGCCAUCUCAGUUCAGUAACGCCACCACUCCUUUGUGUAAAAGUCUAAUAGUCUUGGGAAAUACCAAGAAACAAACAAGGACCCCAGAAUUCACCUGAAACUUCAAUCUGCCCUCACCUCAAACACUGAUGAUCAGACUGAUGGUGAAUGCAGCCUUUCCGUUCAACUGCAGAGGACAUGGGGCUCCAUCCCUGUCCCUCCUCCUCGUCCUCAGCACCAACAUCCACCCGAGGACCGAUGGCCUGUGGGACAGAGACAUCCCCCCCCUGGUGGCAGAACUGGAAGAGUCAACAGUACAAACUCUAGAUCAGCAGCAGUGGGAGCAGAAGCUGCUGAAGCUUUUGUCCAAAACUCUGGCGACUGUGGAUGAUGAUCAGUGGGUUUGUCAUUUGGCAGCUGAAGCCACGCGCUACCUCUGCACGUACAACAACGCCUUAGAGGAGAAGAGUUUCCUGUAUCGGUGCAUUGGGGUGACGCUCCAACACUGUUUCAAUAAGGACAUGGUUCAAAAACAGCUCCAUGAACUCCUGGUCGGUGCCCGUCACAACGACGCCGUGGAGCGACAGGGCGUGGCCAUGGGCGUUGGCCUGUGUGCCAACAGCCACCUAGAGGGAACUCUGGCAAAACUGGACGAGUUUGGAAAAUCAGACGCCUUUAAGAAGUCACCGAGCAUCUUCAACCUGCUGAAGGAACGUAAUGAGGUUGAGGUGGAGAAGGUGAAAAGUACUUUAAUACUGUGUUAUGGUCAUGUUGCUCUGAACGCACCUCCAGAGCAGAUCCUGAAGCGCCUUGACCAGGACAUCCUCCGCAGCAUCAGUAAACACUUCAACACUAAGGUUCUGGGGAUUAAAGUAGAGACUAAGGACCUGACAAUGAAGCUGAGUCUGAUCCAGAGCAUUGGCCUCAUCGCCAAAGCCGUGGGCGAGUGUGUGAAGAAACAGGGCUACGUCUUUACGCGGAAACAGGAGCUCAUUAGCAUCAUGCUGGAUUUCAUCAAGGCAGAGGCAGCUGAUUCAUUACGGACUCCAGUGCGCCCUCUGGUGAUGAGCACCUGUGCCAACCUGAUACCUCUGGAUCCUCCUCUGACCGAGAAUGAUGCCUUCGACCUGUUGAAGGUUUGUGUGAACAGUGUGUUUUCUCUGCCGCCGGAGACGCACACACCUGAGAGAACCAAAGACGAUGAUGUCCUGGACCCCAAGCAGAGACAGACGUUGUACACAGACACGUUGGCAUCGCUGCAGCAGCUGUUGAGGAGUUUCCUGUUGAAGGAUCCAAACCCCGAUGGCCUGCAGAACGUCUUCAAGCACAUCGACUCAUGGCUGAGUUCAUCACAUGACCAUCAGAGACAGUGGGCGGUAACGGUUACAGCCGAUGUGUUGAUGUUCUACCUGGACCACCUGACCGUCAAGAACAUGGUGUCCUUCCAUAACCUUGGUGCCCUCCUCGGUCGUCUCUCUCCUCGUUGCUCUGAUCCUGUCUCCUCUGUUCGUGUCGCGGCCGUCAGUUGCAUCCACACUCUGCUUUACAUUCAGCUGCGAUAUGAAGGCUUUGCCCUCGACCAUAAGGAUGAAGGCGUGGACAGUCUGAUUCCUCUGAAGGAACGUCUGGAGAACCCUGACCACUCAGUCCUCUACAAGACCUGCUCAGACCUAACCAAGGUCAUGAGUAAACGUCUUCCUCAGGGACAGAUGUCCACUCUGGUCUUCGUGCUGUUUGAUGGACUGGUGGACAGUCAGUCCAACUGCAGUCGCGCGGCAUCCGUCAUCCUCAACACGCUGCUAAAGAACAGAGGAGGAGGCCUCCAGGAGCUGGUUCCACAGAUGUUGGAGGUUCUCCAUGUGUGUCUUCAGAACAUCACAGAGGAGCAGGUCAGAGUGGCCAUUGGACAGACCGUUCUCAUCCUGGCAUCACAACAUCUGCAGACGGUUCUGACCACACUAGUGAACCAGCCCCUACCCUAUGACAGCUGGACCAGUGAGAUGUGGAUGGCUUUGGGUUCAGACCCGCUUGUGGCCAGACAGAUUCUGGAGACAGUGAUGGACAAGUUAGUGGUUCUGGCUCCAUUCGUGGACAGGAAGGAGUGGACAGUCAGAGGAGGAGCCUCUAAGAUGGCCACGGCUCAACCUCUGGCCAUAACCUGUGGUGUCAAAGAGCUGCUGUUGAACGGUCAGUGUCAGGAACCCGCCGUGGCUCUGUUCCCUCAGCUCUUCUCCUGUCUCUUGGUCCGACUUGGUGCAAGCGUUGGCGUCGCUGCUCCCAAAGACAAUGCCAGGCCGUCUGCGUCUGUCCACGUAGCAGGGGUGGCGGCUGACGCUCUGAGGAUCCUAUUGGCUCGGGCCCAGUUGGACGAAGUGAUGAAGAGGUUGGAUGAAGACGAGGCCUGGGAGGCAAUGAGGGAACCAAACAGCCACAUCAGUGGAGUCACACUACUGGCACGGGCAGUCGCUAAGCAUGCUGGUCCGAGGUUACCUGCUAUCGUCGAGUGUCUCUGUCCGUCCUUAAACAACAUCUACGAAUGUCAGAGAAUCACUGUCACUGCUUUUUUUUCUGAGCUGUUGAACCAUCACGUGGUGACGGAGCUGCUGUUGAUCGAUGUGUUGAUGAACAACAUGAUGGAGAGGAUCUCCGACCCCUGCUGUUCUGUCCGGAUGUUGGCUGUCCGAGGUCUGGGAAACAUUGCCGAGGGUUCCCCCGAAAAGGUCAAUAAAUAUGCCAAGGAGCUGCUGGCGGCCAUGAGCUCUGGCAUGGAGGAAAAGGAUGAUCCAGGUAAACUCAUCACUCUGGAGGCCAUGUCAGGUCUGUCUAAAGUUCUCCUCUACCUGGACAAGAAGAACGUCCACUUACUGGUCGUCUACAUUUUCAUGAAGAUCAAACCUUUCUUGGAAAGCGAGAACGAUGAGAUCCGUUGUGCUUCCAUUCACCUGAUGGGGAACCUGUCCAAGUUUGGGUCUGGAGAACCAGUCUUCAAAGACCAGAUCCACAAUGUUCUUGUUAGUCUAUUACUGCACCUGGUUGACCCAAACCCUCAGGUGGUGAAGGCAUGUAAAUAUGCGAUGCGUGUGUGCGCUCCUGUUGUUGGGUCGGACCAGAUCACAGCCAUGUUUCAGAACCACCUUCACGAUGACAGGAACCUGCACUACGGAGAGUUCAUCAACGAUCUGACCAAGUACCUGAUCCAGGACUUCCCCAGCAUGUUAAACUUCUACCACAUCUCAGUAAUCCAGUUCUUCAAAAGCACCUGGGCCGAAGUCCGAGCAGGAGCCGCCAUGUUUAUAGGGUUUCUACUGGGGAACCUGCAGGAGGAGCAUCUGUCCCACCUCAACAUGGGCGCCAUCACUAAAGGUCUGGUGACGCUGCUGCAGGACCCGGAUCCUGUGGUGAGGGUGAAGGCCGCCGAGGCCAUGGGACGCUUCCAGUGACAUGCAGAGGACACACAAGAGACACACGGAAGACACACAGAAGACACUUAAGAGACACUCAAGAGACACACAAGAAACACAUGGAAGACACACAACAGACAAAUAGAAGACACAAAAACACACAAAUACACA